AUGCAGGUGGAUGAUUUUCCAGGCCUUUUGCAGCAUCACUUUGGCUUCAAGCCUCAAGUUAAAUCGGCUCCCAUGUCUGCUCGAAAAUGCUCGAGCUCUGGUUUCAACAUGGGCGGCUCUGUGAAAUCACCGCCAGUUAGUCAAGGAACUGGUGAGGAAUUUUUUGAUUCCUCGAGUAACCGGAGUUGCCAUGAUCCGUCGGGCUCAGGGGUCUCUGAUAAUGUUUUUGGGCGCUCACCAAUUUUCUCGAGCACCAUGGAAAGUGGGUCUUCUUCUGGUUAUGAUCACUUCUGUCAUUAGUUGGAGAGUCAUUCUCAGUCAUCCUUUCUGCCUGCUUAUGAUGAACCUGGUAUUUCUAAUGGGUUUCCUGGGUUGAAGAUCCCUUGCAUGGGUUCGAGCCCUAUUGCAGUGUCUGAUGAUCUGCUUGGUGAAGUUGGUGAGAAGGAGGCUGAUGCAAAAGGAAUGGGAGAGGCUAUGGCUUCUGAUGAUUUGAUCCCUGGAUUUGGAGUCAGCGAUCCCCCGGAAAACAACAGGAUGACUGCAGAGACAACUUGUCCGCAAGAGCUAAAUAUUUCUUCAAAUAAAUCAGUCCCAAAUUUGUUAGAUGAUGAUCCUUUUGUUGUUCUCAAAUCAAAUCCAUCUCUUCCAUAUUCAUCGUCUUCACGGUUAUUCACAGAUAACAUUGGCAUGCCGCCAAACUCACCAAGUAAUGGGGUUGCAUUUAUGAUGAAUUUCCAUUUCCAGGUGGUAAAAAUAGAAAAGAUAAGAGCCCAUUGCAAACAGGACAACAGUCCAAAAGCCCCAUUACUAAAGAAAAGCAGAUCAACAAACUCAUUGACAUCGACAGGCCUACUGAUUCUCAUUGUUUUACUGGAAAAAGAUGCUUCCACUCAUCUACAGGUUCUUAUGAAGCUGCUCCCCUGUAUGGCUGACACUCGAAUGAAAUUCUUCUUUCCACAUAACCUACUAGUGCUGCUCUCAAGGCCUUCUCCGCAGAUUAAGCAAACACAAAGAAAGGUUAAUGAGUGUUCUGCUUCCUCACAAUCUUCUCCACAAGGUCAGUUUCCUAAAACAGUGACUGACUCCGAGAAGACUCCAGGAAUACGGUUAAUGAUCGAUGAAUUGGAAGAUUUUGCCAUGGGAAAGCCUCAGACUUCAGCAGAUGAACAAACUGAUGCCAUCUCAAGUGAAGAAGAUGCAGAAACCAGUUCAGCUGCAGCAGCUCAAGAGCGAGAAGAGAGGGAGAGGCAUGAAAGAUUUGAGCGUGAAAGGGAGGAACCCGAGAGAGAGGAGAAAGAGAGAGAAACAACGAGAAUAGAGACGGAGAAAGCUCGGUUGGUCGAAAGGGAGGCAGUUGAAAGGGUGGCUGCAGAUAAUAACCUGGAGGCCUUUUUUGGCACGGGUGUUACAAAUACCUCUUAUUCGGACUCUUAAUUCUUUAGAUUUCCAUUUUUGGAGAUGCUUCUCGGCAAUGUUGGGAGUUUCAAGAAAUUGACGGGGAAAGCUAUGCUGGAAAGGCAUCAACGCACAAUGGAGCGUGUAGCAAAAGCUCUGGCUGAAAACAAUGAACAGGACGUUCAGCUCCAGAGAGAUCAAGCCGAGAGACAUAGGAUUGCAGAAACAUUGGAUUCGGCGAUUAGACAGUGGACUUAUGGAAAAGAAGGCAACCUGCGUGCUUUGCUUUCAUCCUUGCAAUAUGUACUCUGGCCUGAAUGUGGUUGGCAGCCUGUGCCAUUGACAGAUCUAAUUACCGCUGUUUCUGUAAAGAAGGUUUAUGUAAAAGCAACCCUAUUUGUCCAUCCUGAUAAGGUGCAGUAGAAGGGCGCAAAUAUUCGACAGAAGUAUAUUGCCGAAAAGGUGUUUGACAUCCUUAAGUAUGCUUGAAACAAGUUCAAUUCAGAGGAGCGAUGA